AUGGUGUUUCGUCGGCUGUGUCUCUCUGGCGGUGUGAGAGCCGUUGAGGUGCGUUUUCUUUCCAUGACGAGCGACGCACGUGAGACUCUGACCAAGCAGCUAUCUGCAUUGAAGAAUGAGUGCAAGGGACAGGGGUUGGAUUUAGCGGACAUGAGCGAUGCUUCGCGGGCCGCGAUGCGGGCGGUGCAGGAUGGCCUAAAACGUGCCAACGUUGAGGAUGACCAGUUCAAGGGGAAAUACACAACACUGUCGGCCUCUAUGAAGGCGUACACAGCACGUCUAUCAAAUCUACAGGAUGAGGCACGGUCAAUCCAGGCUGAGGCGGACGCGCUGCUUAAACUCAUGUGGGGCACCGAGGCCCCACCAAAGGCCGCUUCUUUUGUGUCAUCUCCAACGUCAACUGAGGAAGCUGGGACCGUUUCUGCUGCGGCGGAUGUGAAGGAAACUGAAACAGACGAUGAUAAAUUUGUCGUGGAACCGCCUAAUCUAGCCAAGGCGUCAGGGAAUGGCAAGCGGCCUGCUGAGCGCGUUGAGGCCGAGCGGGUGCAGGGCAUCGCAAGGAAAUCAGCGGAGGAGGUGAUAGUGGAGGAGAUUGAGGUGGAGACCAUUGAGGUAGAAGUAGAGGCCAAGGAAAGUCCUGCCGACACCAUGAAGAUCACCGACAUCACGAAGGAGUUGUACGAACGGGGAGUGAACUUUUCUGACUGCCUUGACGCGCGGACGUUACGUCAGCGAUACAAGGAUAUGCUGGCGGGAAAGAUUCCGUCCGGCAUUCCUCCAGGCAUGCCAAUUUCGAGUCCGGCGGCUGCAGAAGUAAACACUAACCAGCCUCGCAUGCCGCAGCAUCGACCGUACCAACAGCAGCAGCAGCAGGCUAAUACGAAGGAGUCUGGGCUUGCUCAUGAUCCGUAUCCUAAUGCAUACAGGAAGAUGGUGGACCCCAUGAAACAUGUGUGGGAGCUUAAGAACGAGCUUGCGGCAGAGAAAGGUAUUGAUCCAAAGAGUGUGGACCUGUGGAGUGGGAAAUGCAAGCUAGAGGACCACAAGAUGUUGUAUGAUUAUCCAUCCGUGCAGAGCCACCCCAUAGAGGUGCGUCAGAAGGGAGACAUUCCACGGUAA